CCGCAACUCACCUCGGCUUUCAUGUGCAUUUCCCCUGGUCUCUUAGGGCAGAUAAACAAAUAAUAGCCAGGAGGUUGCGGGCAUAAUCAACCACGGCCCCUGCAGUUCACUUUGCCUUAUUCAUCGCUGUCACUGGCUUUCCGAUCGACUGGAUCGCUUUCGCACUUGGUCUCCCCGGUCCUAUUGGACUCUGAACGGCCAAGACGCGCUGCGGCUGAAGGACUUCGCCAGGGUGGGAACAUUGCAAGGCACGGCCCGGAGGUUCAGUUUAAAACUUCGGAUUCCCGUCCCAAGCCGGGCCAUUCAAACCCUCCAAAACAUCUAUACGAUGAGCGACACUCCGGGGGCAAAGGCGGAGGAGGAAAAGAAAGCCUCUGCUGCUCAAGCUCAGGACAAGAAACCAAUAGAUCAGGUCGACGAUGUUCCAGAUCCGGACGAAGAUGACUUGGACGAUCUGGAUGACAUGUUGGACGAGUUCUCGUCAGUGAAACUCGAUGCGAAACAACCCGUUGGUGCCGUCGACCCUGGAAGACCAAGUCCACCAGAGGCUGUCAAGGGGGCUAGCAGCGCAGAUCAGGCGGACAAAAGUCUGGACGACGUUCUCGGCGACGACGAAUUCGCCAAGCAGCUACAAGCCGGCAUGGCCGAACUCAUAGGCGAACUCGAGAAGAACCCCGAAAUGCAAGCCCAGUUUGACGAGGUCUUCAAGGAAAUUAGCAAUGCUGGUACCGGCGAGACCGCGGCGGACGACAGCAAAGCGUCAGCCUCGGCCGCAGGACCGAGGCCCUCGACGUCAGACAGCAACCGCGCCGAAAGUUCUUUCCAAGAGACGAUCCGUCGUACGAUGGAGCGCAUGCAAGCCUCCGGCGAACAGGCCACAGCGGCGGCGACCGAAUCCGCGACGGAGGAUCUCCUGGCCGAGAUGAUGAAGCAGCUGGGCGGAGACGGCAGCGGCAGCGGGAACGACGAGGACUUCUCCAAAAUGCUCAUGGGCAUGAUGGAGCAGCUCACCAACAAGGAAAUCUUGUACGAGCCCAUGAAGGAACUGGACGAGAAGUUCCCCGAGUGGCUGGAGAAGAACAAGGACAAGACGCCGGUUGAGGAGCUGAAGCGGUACGAGGAGCAGCGGGUGCUCGUGAUGGAAAUUGUCGGCAAAUUCGACGAGACCACUUACUCUGACUCCAACUCGGCGGAUCGAGAAUACAUCGUAGAGAGGAUGCAGAAGAUGCAAGAUUUGGGGUCACCACCUGCAGAUUUGGUUGGUGAUAUGCCAUCUGCGCAGGAGGCGCUGAGCAUGCCCGACGAUUCAUGCAAUCCCCAAUAAGGAAGUAAAAGGAAAAAGAAAAGCAAAAAAAAAAGCAUCUGGGCGUCUAAUCUGUCCCAUGUAUACCCGUCCGCUAUCGCAUAUAUGUUAACAAUUGGGGAGUGUUCCUGUGUACACCCCUGGGAAUAAUACAAAUACUGUCCAACACCCCCAAGUCCAGAACUGCCCCUAAACGCCCAGCCGGAAAUCGAGAACGCCCGAAGCCAAGAACCAUCAGCAUGUACCGAAGUAUGACCAUGUCUCUCACAUGUACAGUCUAAUUAAUCAAACAUCC